ACCCGCGAUGACUGCAUCCACAGGGGAAGGCUUGAUUCCCGCAGUGGACUACCGUUUUGGUAGCUGGCGCAGCGGACAUGCGCCAGCUUAGUCUCCGGGGUCCAUCUGGAACCAUUAUUUAGCUGCCUCAUCACACGCCCUUGAGUAGUUGCUCAAGUGAUAUACUACCCUCUCGCCCGUUGGGUAAUAGACUCGCUUUCGCUACUGUCACUCCUCGUUCUUCUCACGCUGCUCCAUACUGCAGUCAACCAUACCUUCACCAUACGUACAUUCACUCAAACAGUCUACAGGAACCCCCUCACAGUGCUCUACUACCAUGCCGCCAUCAAGACCAAAGCCGUCAGAGAUAGCAGCCGAAGCAAAACGCGUAUGGAUGCCGCAUAUCUGGAAACAUUACAUUCGAGACUCGAAAACCUCAUACCUGUACCCAGACUCUUCGCAAAUAAGGAUCAACGUGGACAAGCGAUCGUCACAACGCACGAGAGUAGCAGUCAUGGAAGGCGACCCCGUGAACUACGCUUUGGGCUGGUACCAAAGUGCUGUCAACGCAGACCCAGAGUGCAAGCGGAUACCAGUAAUCAACGUAGCAAACGAGAAGCGCGCUGGAGGUGAUUGGGAAUCUGGGCUCAUGGCACCAGAGGAAUGCUUCGCGCGGAGAAGCAACCUCGUGCAUGCCCUCACAAUGCCCUGGAACGCGCAAUUGGGCCGAGAAGAAAACUAUUACCCAAUACCACAGACAGGCGGCAUCUACUCCCCUGAAGUCUUUGUUUUCCGAGCAGGCCCAGAUCAAGACUAUGCAACUUUCACAGACAUAGCGUCUUUACCUGUGAUAUCCGUUGCACCCGUGCGACGUCCCAAGCUUGACGAAAGCGGCUGCAAAUAUUCGUUUGCACAAGAGAAGGAGCUCAUGAAGGAGAAAAUGCGGGCAGUACUGCGAAUUGCAUCCUAUUGCGGGCACAGGAACUUGGUAUUGGGCGCUUUUGGACUAGGGCCUAUAUUUCGCAACCCGGCACAGGAGGUAGCCCGAAUGUGGAGGAAACUACUCUUCGAAGAGGAGGAGUUCCAUGGCGCAUUCCAGGAUGUCGUGUUUGCUAUCGACAGUAGUAUGGUUGGGUCGCCGAGCAAAGGGUGCGCGUCCGAUGUGGAGAUUUUUAGGCGCGAGUUCGACCCUGCGACUAUUUGGCCGACAAAGUGGUGACCAAUCUCCACUACGACGACAUGGAGGAUGCAAGGAAAA